AUGAUAAUCAGUAAUGUUUAACAGUGUAAAGAAGGUCAUGUUCACUUAUACACACCAUGCAGGGGACAGACAUCAGGGUAGAGGUAACUGCACCUCACAUGUCUUUGCGCCAUAAGCAAAGCUUUCUAUCUCUGAGGGGGCGUGUCCUGAGGUUUUAAUAAAAUCAAACUCCUCAGUUCAAGCUGACAGUUCUUGAACCAACCAAAAUCUCUCUGUGGCACAAGAGUCCCAGAGGAUAGGGUCGGCCGCCUGAAGCCUCCACUAAGCUGUUCUGUCAUGCAGAUAUAAUUGCUCCAACAAACGCCAUCUGCAACCAGCUGGCGCAAACUCCUUCAGAGUUAAUUUAAGACGCAAACUCCACCUGUGUGCCUGCGGCAACUCUUGGACCAGAGACUCGGUACCACUCGGGUCUUCCCUACCGGACCGAGUACCCAGAGGCUGACAACAUCCUCCCUUGACCUCCGGAUCCACACAGAGGGUCAUCUGAACGGUGAGGUAGAACACAGAUUGCGUCCGUAUGCCUGUUUCUUUAAGAGAUAACUUAGCUCAGCUGCAAAUCAACUCUUCCACCCAGAACACGUUUUCUCUCUGAAAGAAACCUUCUGAGAUUCCAUUCACACAUCCAAACACACACAUUACAUUUUAGUCCUCAUCGAGACACAAGUUGCUUUUAAUACCAAGUUUUAAUAUCAAAGCUGUAUAAAUUGUCAUUCAUAAAUUGUCAUCUUUAAAUUGUUAGUAAUAAAUUCUUAACUUUCUAAACCUGACUCUUCUUUGAAAUGAAACACAGAAAGGUGCAUAUUUGGUUAUUGAAUGAGCAACGAUUCCUUUUAAAUAUUCUGAUUUAAUAAAUAAACUUUUGCUAUUAAUUAAAAUUUCUUAAAUUGAAUAUUAAUCUUUGGAUUAAAUGUAGACCAAGCCAGUUGGUGUAUGAACUUCUAUCGAUUGUAUAAAUAUCCUGGAUACUUAAACAUGAUAUAAGUUUCAUUUGCUAAUUUGUUUGAUCUUUCUCAGGAUUUAGCCAAGCUGAUAGCAAACAGCGUUAAAUCCUAGUAUGUAGAUUAUCUACGCCACAUCUGUUUCCAGAAAACAAAUCAGCAGUUAUUCUCUCACUUUACCAGAACACAAGACUUUAUCUGUUGCCAACUGCUGACAUGAUCACACAGACAUUUUACCAAUAACCCCUUCCUCAAAGAUUCUCGGUUUUCUGGGGGCUCGUCCGGGAUCGCUUUCUGUGUGUACAGACCUGGGGCACUGCUGGCUCAGGGGUUAUGAGUUCACCCUGUAAAUGGUGGGCUAGCAGGUUCAAACCCAGGCUCCCAACGUGUCCUUGGGCAAGACACUACACCCUCCUUGCCAGCUAAUGGUCUGAGGGAUGGGCGGCGCCUGUGUACAGCAGCCUAGCCUCCGCCAGUGUGUCCCAGGGCUGUGGCUAAAAUAGCUCAUCACCACCAGUGUGUGAAUGGGUGAAUGACUCGCUGUAGUGUAAAGCGCGUUGGAGCCCUCUGACUCAGAAAGGUGCUGUACAAGUCCAGGUCAUUUGUCAUUUACCUUUAGAAUGAAUCUUUUGAAAAGCUCCUAUAACAGCUAUAACAAGACCUGGAACCGUCCAGAAAUCUUUUUUCUUUGAUGCUAAUGGAAAAUGUUUUUGGCUCUUUUCCUGUAAAUUUUAACUUGUUUACAACAGUUUUAGAUGCUCAGCUGAAACAGGAAGAGACCUGCUGUGUCUCGGUGAGAUUACCUGUUUAAAUCAAAUGCUUCCACAUUAACUUGGUUAAUAACUGUUAACAUCGUUCUAGACGAGAGCUGGAAACAGUCGUUCAUGCAUGUAUUACUCGAGGAUUGGAUCAUUGCAGCUCUGCUUUACUUUGGGUUUACCAGAGAAUGGAAUCUCGUCUUCAGCCGGUUCAAAAUGUUGCCGGAAGCUUUUAAAUCAGACAAAUGUGAUCAUGUCAUCCUGGUCUCGGACACGUUUAUUUGGUUAUCUGUUUCUUGUUUCUUUUAGGAAUCCUUUUAAACUUCCAUUGUUUGUUUUUAAACGACUGAAUGGCCUAGCACCUGUCCACCUGCCCCUCCACGCUCACUUAACUCAGAACUUGCUGCUGUUUUUGACCCAAAGUCACGGCUGGGGUCGAGGGGGACAGAACAUUCCCAGUGGUGGGUCCUGAGCUCUGGGAAGACCUUCCUGUUCCUUUCAGAAGGCCUUCUUCCAUGACGGUUUUUUAGUCUGGACUGAAAACCCACCUUUACUCUUUGGCUUUCGAUUCUGUGGGAUAACUGGCAUUUGUUGAUGCUUUUUUCUGUUUUAACAGUGAUUAUUUUUUCUCUUUCUCAUUUUGGAUUUGACGCAUCUUGUCUUGUCUAUGGCCAUGUUUGUUCAGCACUUUGGUUGGCAUCACGUUGCCGUAUGUAAUAUAUUCCACUCAAAGACAUAAACAGUCAUCACCCCUGUGAUUAAAACAACCUCCUGCAGCAUUCAUUCUCACACAUGCAUGAAAAUACAUCAACCUAUGCACCAAGAUUAUCAUCUGUGUCACUUUCCACCACAGCCACCACCUAUCAAACCCAGUUAUUCCUCCCAGUGUCUCCUACACUCCACAUUUCCCAUGGAGUUGCCCUGCAUAAUCAUCUUCACGUCUCUAGAGAUCGUCGUGGCCACACUCCACUAUUUACAGACCUUUUCUGCCUCCUGUGGUGUUUCUCACCAUGGAGACGCAUGCAGACAGCGGCAGUGCAGAGAGAGGAAGUCCUGAAUUGGCCAACUAAACAACGUAAUGGCAUAGAGGCAGCAGAUGGCUCAGAUGAGCUACAAGACAGGAGGGUUGUCAGAAGGGUGGUGCGCAGAAGAAAAAACUGCAGAGGACAUGAAUGCAUUUGAGUGUUGGUGUGAACAGGCUGGGAAGAGGAGUUGCGGGGCUGUUUUGGUGCUUGCAUGCUAAAUUGCACCAACAGUUUGCUGCAGGAAUGCAGUAAAUAACAAUGUGGUGAAGCUUAAGUUGCAUCAUUUUAAACAUGAAUCAAAACAUAGGAAAAGGGACAAAAAGAAGAAGAAAAACACUCUCAAGUGUAAAACAGGAACUGAAAACACACGACAAAUUUCAACUGAAUUUAAAUUAAAUCCCACUUCAUUAUUUUAUAUUCAACAUCUGAAGGAGCGAUAAACACUUCAGCGUUGUUCCUCAGGGCUCUAUUCUUGGACCCCUUUAAUUUAAUUCAUAUAUUUUUCCCCUGGGUGACGUUUUAAAAAAACACCACAUUGACUACCAUUUAUAUGCAGACGAUUACCAAUUAUAUGCCUCUGUGAAGCCUCCUUACAGCCUCCUGUUGAAUGCUGCAACGAUGUGAAGAACUGGCUGUCUGAAAACUUUCUUUUGCUGAACGAUGCCAAGACAGAGGCUAUCAUUUUCAGCCCUAAGACUUCUCAAGUGGGUUGAAAACCCGUGUCACAAACUUAGGGGUUGUGAUGGAUGCUAAACUACAAAUGGACAUUCAUGUCAACCAGGUAGUUAAGACCUGUUUUUACCACCUGAGGCGUCUCUCUAAAGUUAAGCCCAUUUUAAAAAGGCGUCAUCUCCAUUCAGUUGUCCAUGCCUUCAUUACCUCCCGUCUCGACUACUCUAAUUCAGUGCUACACGGUAUCUCCUCCUCCACUCUCGCUCGCCUUCAGCUAGUGCAGAACGCAGCAGCUCGAUUCUUGACCAGGCAACGAGAACACAUCACACCGGUUUUAGCAAAUCUCCAUUGGCUCCCCCAUCCAUCUCCGGAUAGAGUUUAAGAUCCUGUUUUUUGUGUUUAAAUCCCUCAAUAACUUAGCACCUGGCUACUUGUCAGACCUCAUUCACCCUUAUGUCCCUACAAGAUCCCUCCGAUCAGCCAACCAGCACCUCCUCCAUGUCCCUAGCUCCCACUGUAAAUCCCGCGGGGAGCGCGCCUUUUCAGUUCGUGCACCUAAGCUCUGGAACCACGUGCCCCUCCUGAUCAGACUCUCGUCCUCUCUUUCCCUUUUUUAGUCUCGUUUAAAAACUCACUUUUAUUCUUUGGCUUUUAAUUCAGUCUAACUUAGUCUCUUUCUCCUUUUCUUUUCGAUUUGAAUUACUCGAUUUUAAUGGGUUCAGUUUUUAUUUUUGAUCGUUUUUAUUGUGUGUUUUUGUUGUGCCGUGUUUAAAUGUGCUAUAAAAAUAAACUUGGUUUGGUUUAGAAAAUUCAGUCCAAGAUCGCAAAUAAUUAUCUGCACAAGAAACAGCUGAGAGUAGACAUUCAACUUUAAUUCUCUAAUGUGAUGAAAUCAAAUCUCACGUAAACUCUUUCCAGGUGAAACUGUUUCAGUAUAUUUAAACCUUCCAAGCAUCUCUGGGUUUGUUUCCCCAAAAAGUACCAAAGUGUUAAAUGAAAAGUUUGCAAUUUUGACAUUAAUCACAUUUACAGAAUAUCUGUUAAUUGACAAGGAUUUAGUCGUAUGUGCUUUCUGCCGGACGACCUCCUUCAUGCACAAAAUGUUGCUGCACUCCGAGAAAAACCAGGAAUUGUCUCAGAUUUUUCCAAAAGUUUCUUCUUCUCCUCCUCUUUAACAGUAGAUGUGGGGGAUGGGUGGAGGUGGAGAGAGGAGAGCAGCAGACCACGUCAGAUGGCAGUGGGACGUCUUUGUGGAAGGAGCAGGGAAGGGAACAGUCCUGAAGAAAGGAGGACUGAAUGAGAGUUAGGGAAAGUGGUGCAGCGUCUCAGAACCGUUUCCUCUUCACCUCCAGAGUCUCCAAACAUCACGUCUCAGUCCUUCAGUGCUUUGUAGCUGUCGAGAAUGACCUUACCUCUAAGAGGGAAAAGCCAAGAAGAAGUACUGCUUGGAAAACAUCUGCCUUAAGAGGAUAAGAUCGGCAGCCCAUCUGGAUUUAAACCUUGCUGACCUUUUGGUUUCACGGGAGAGGAAUAGCGGAGCUUUGUCACAGGGAACAUUGAAAGACUGGAUUUGUUUCUUUUGAACUGGCGUUCUCAGAGGUAACGCCAUGUGCCACGUCAUUGUAACGUGCCGCUCCAUGCUGUGGACCUUGCUCAGCAUCAUUGUGGCCUUUGCGGAGCUUGUUGCCUUCAUGAGUCCGGAUUGGCUGAUAGGAAUUCCUCGGUUGGACCCCAACGGGAGCAGGAUGGAGGUGGACUUCAGGGGAUACCGGCCGUCUCUCGGCCUCUACAGCCGCUGUCUUCGCAUCGACGCCCGGGGCAUAGGGGUCAGCUGCGGGCCUUAUGCUGCGACUUUUGGGGAAGUGGCUAGUGGUUUUUGGCAGGCGGCCAUGUUGUUUCUGGCAGCUGGGACACUAGUGCUCGGGUGUGUGGCCUGCAUCUCCAUCUUCACUAUGUGUUUCCAGAGCAUUAAGAAGAAAAGCAUAUUCAACAUCUGCGGACUGCUCCAGGCCAUUGCAGGCCUGCUGCUGAUGGUGGGCCUGAUGCUGUACCCAGCAGGCUGGGGCUCAGAGAAGGUGAUCGGCUACUGCGGCCCCGAGGCGCUGCCGUUCUGGCCCGCUCUGUGCUCGCUGGGCUGGGCGUUCUACGCAGCGAUAGGAGGAACCGUUGCAGCAUUCCUGUGCUCGAUCCUGUCUGUACAGGCUGAGAUCGCAACUUCCAGCGAUAAGGUCCAGGAGGAGAUCGAGGAGGGGAAAAGUCUCAUCUGUUUGCUCUGAACUGGAGUGUGAGGAAACACCUUUUAGCGACGUUUCUUGGAUGUGCAUGUCUGGAAGGAGGACGUCCUGGAGGAAAUUCUUUUUUUUAUUGUCUGGAUAAAAGAUGAAAGACUAAAACUUGGGUUAAUGACUCUUCUUCUGGUUUAAAUCUCCUGUGUAGCACUGAUAAACAUUAUCAGUGUUUUUUUUUUUACAUUUAAAGAUUAAACUUAUUUUUUAGAACAUGCUGCCUUAGAGACUAACAUUCAGACAAACCACAGUCACUUUUUCCCAACUGAGUCGGGUUGAUCAGCUGCUCAGUGGGACUCUUGCUGCAUCCCGUCUGAGGAUGCUUUACGGUUUCUGCACAUUAUUUACCAAAUAAGCUGUAAUAACUUCCAUUAAGGGAUGUUUUCUUACAUAAAAUACUUUAUGUCCCACGGAUCACUCAGCUGUUCAUUUCAUAAAUCCAGAAAAUGAAUUAUUUUCACUUCUUACGUGUGUUCUUGCUGUGUCGCAUCUCUAAUUCCAUGCUGUAGUUCUUUUUUAAAACACAGAGCAGUUUUGUUUACCUGUUAACC